CACUCCUCUCUGGUGUCACUGAGGGUAUAAAUUGGGGCUGGGUUCAGUGUGUGCAUUCACAUCAAAGGCCAACAUGAAGACAGGCACAGUCUUUGUUUUAGUGGCUUUUGUCAUCUUGGGGAUGGAGAUGGCCUUCGCUCAGAGACAUUCUCAUGGAGGGGGAAACAGACCUGGAGUCUGCCCUAAGGUGCCCAAGGGAACCGUUGGUGUUUGUGUUAUAAGCUGCAGAGGAGAUGACUCAUGUCCCAGGGGAAUGAAAUGCUGCAGCACCGGAUGUGGCCGUCAAUGCAAACCUGCUAUCCAUGUGGGUGGUGUUGAUGACCAUGUUGAUGACCAUGUGGAGGAAGAAUGGGGGGUGUAAGCCUGCCUGGAGACCAGCCCCAGAAGAUUGCUCAUGAAUGCAUGGAUCCAGUGCUUGGCGUAACAUUUUCCACACACCUUUCCUGGCAAGUGUCUAUCUCUUGACAUGCAGUACCAAAAGAUGAAGAUCUAAAGUGGUGGUGUGGCCGAUUCUGAGGAGUUUGUGUCCAAAAUAAAUCUUACCCGUUGCAUUAUU